UUCUUUGCUCACCCCUUCUCAACACUUCUAUAGAGAGCAAAAGGAUAUCCAUUAGAUACUCAACAAUUUUCAUUUUUUAUUCCGCUUUUCCCUCUUUUAUCUUCAUGUUACCUCUAUACGUGGAUUGAGAUUUUACGUUUUUACACACUUGCAUUCACUGGGAGGAUACAGUUGGCACCUUGCCUUCUCUGUCAAAUCUUGCCUCUCUGCAUCGACCCUUAUUGGGAGCAUUUAAUUCGAUAUGAACACGCACCGUGGGUGAGAGUGUGUGUGUUGAAUGGCGUGAUUAAAAAUAAAAAACAGCGGAAAAUAAAAAUUAAAGACAAAAAGAUUAUGUUGGAGUUGAGAGAGGGAAGAAGGUGCUAUCCGAUGACGCUCGUAGGAGUGAAUGUCGGUCUGGCUUGCGUUGAUGGCGUGAUUGCAUUUCUUGCUUUUUAUCAGGGUUCGGAGAAUGAAUAUCAGGGGCCUGCAAUUUUGAUGGUUUAUUCUUUGGUUUCAGCUUUGGUGAAGGGUUUUAAUUUGGUUAUAGUGAAUAGUAGCUUGCAGUCACAAGCACAUUAUGAGUUUUGCAGAGUUGAUCAGAAUUCAUUCAAGAAACUCACAGCUUGGAUGGAGCCGUCAAAAGGUUAUUUCCUUUAUUUUGUGUUAACUCCCGUUGCUGCUUGUAAAGGAUGGAUUUGCUGGUCAUAUUCCUGUGGUUUCAUCGUCAUGGGUAGGGAAAUGGAUGCCACAGCUUCUUUUCCGCAAAUUCUGUUUGUUGCAGCAUUUCUUCUACUAUUGUCAUUUUGGAUUGACCUUUGCCAUCAGGCAAGUGAUGAUGAUGAAGACGAUGAAAUAUGCAGUCCACAAGAAGCACUUCUGGAGAAGAUCAAUAUAACUUCUUCGAACGCUAAUGUUCGCCAAAGGUGUUGCUCCUUUAAGUUGCAUAGGAUAGGAAGUCGGCAAAAAAUUGUGAUUCUGGUAUAUGUGGAUCUCAUUUCCAUAAUUGCUCUAUUGCUUGGAGGAGCCUUGGCAUGUUAUGGAAUUAUAUUGUUCUUAAAAAUGAGCAAAGUGAGAGCUGAUCGAACUUCCUGGGAAAGGUCGAAGGUUGCUAGUUUGGCGAUUGUCUGCCUCGUAAGCUUCACAUCAAGCGCUUCUAUUGCAAUCGGCACAAAUAUACCUCUGUUUUAUAGCUGGCAUGGAAAACAAAUUGAUGGCUACACCGCCCUUUUCCUGGUUUUGUAUUAUUUCAUAGGUUCAUCUGUGCCCUCAGCCUUUAUUCUGUUUGUGAUGAGAGAAUUACCACAUGGAACGGUUGCAACUCGUGUGUAG